AUGGACUCGAACUACCCGGAUGAUGGCCUCGAGGGGGAUCACUAUGAAGAAUCUUCCAUGUAUCCUGAUCCCGGGGAGGAAGUGGAUUCUCCUUGGCAAACCCAGGAAUCCUUCAAUGUGGGAAGCAUGCUUGCCUCGGUGCUUGAUCCACGUUUGUUCGGUGAUCAACCGGCUCAGCAGCCACAAAGCAUCAACCAAUAUCCAGCCGAAUAUGACACCGAGGAGCAGUUUGGCGCGGACUACCCCCCUCAUCACCAAUACGAAGCCGAGGAAUAUCCUACUGUGCAGUAUCCUCCACUGCCAGGCAGAGGAGCCCAAUCAGAUGAGGAAUUUGUCCUAUCUUCUGCAGACGAAAGCGAGAGCGAGGAGGACGGGCCAGUAGACGACGAUGACGACAGUGAUUCAGGCGCUAGCAGGCGGCGGCGUCGAGGAGGUGGUGGCCGCUUCUCAGGAAGAUAUGGUGCUCGUGGACAGAAGGGCGUCAAGCGAGGACCUCGCAAGCCCAUUGAACCCAGUCCAGAAUUCAAGAUCCUCCACUCCGAGGCUACAUCUGCCUUCAUCGAUGGACAGUAUGACCGCGCCAUCGAACUAGUCAUGCGGGCCAUCCAGAUCAACCCGGAAAUGUACGCAGCGCAUUCCUUGCUCUCAGAGAUCUUUCUUGCCCAGGGAGAAAAUGACAAAGCCUUGGCAGCUCUCUUCAACGGAGCUCACACUAGGCCAAGAGACCCUGGUGUUUGGAUCAAGGUUGCUAAGCUGAUUCUGGAACGUGCCCAAGAUAACCGAGAAUCCGCCUUGCAUGAUGUUGUGUACUGUUACAGCCGCAUUAUCGAGGUGAAUCCUAUGGAUAUUGCUAUUCGGUUCCAAAGAGCGGCUGUAUACCGCCAGCUAGGCCACAAUGGCCGAGCUGCGACAGAGUACGAAAGGUUGCUCAAGGAUCGCCCGCACAGCGCCAAAGCUCUACGCCAUCUCGCAGAAACAUACAUUGAUCUUGGCGAGGUCCAAAAAGCGGUAGAUCACUAUUCUAACAGUAUCGAUUAUUACCUUACUAUCGAUCCUGAAAGCUCUGGGUUUGCCUGGUCUGACAUCAACAUCUACGCCGAGCUUUUUGGUUACCUCAAACAGCCAGACGAGGGACUGUACAAUAUGAAGUUACUGGCUCGUUGGUUGCUUGGGCGCGGUGACGACACAUUGUGGGACGACUUUGAGGAUGAUGAUCGAGAAUGGGAUGCUGAUGACUCGCCUCGGCGUAUCAAAACGGACGGAUUCAUGCCUAACCAAUGGCCUCGGGAUACAUAUGGACUUGGUCUACCUCUCGAGCUCCGAAUCAAGAUGGGUAUCUUUCGCUUGAAGAUGGACGAAAAAUACCACCAAGAAGCAAAGCACCAUUUUGAAUGGCUGAACCCAGAGGACGACAGCGAAGAGGCUCGAAUCUUUGACUAUGGUGAUCUUUUCCGAGAAGUAGCGGAUGCCUUAAAACAAGCCGGCCUACUCGAAGAGGCACUGCGAUAUUACUCUCCCAUUCAGCAGACUGCCGAACAUGCCGACGUCAGCUUCUUUAUGGCAAUGGGCGAUUGCUGUGAGCGCCUGGACAAAGCCGAAGAUGCCGAAAGCUGUUAUCUUAUGGUGGCUGAUCACGAUUCUAAACACCUGGAGUCGCGAGUACGGCUAGCCAAGCUAUACGAGAAACUUCAAAUGACAGAACAGGCAAUGAAAUAUGCCGGUGAGGCUGUUUUGAUCGGCCGUCAGCAAAACCGCACUCGCCCGGGCGGAGGAAGACGAAAGGAUACCAGGCUCGAGCAACUUGCCAUAGAGUUCAAGAUGGCUGAGACCGAAAAGCCAAGAGCAAUUGCACCAAAGCCCCAAACGGAUGCAACACUCAUGAGCGCUGGACGAGCUCAGCCAGGUGAAGGUGGCCGGACUGAGGAUAUUCAAUUCUUGUACAUGAAAUUGCAGGAAUUGUAUCCCUUGGUGCAGGAAUGCGCUGUCGACGCUACUGAAGAUUGGCUUGAUAUUGCUGAUGCUCUCCUGCGAGACUUCCGGGCCAACCGUGCAUUCUACCCCAUUACUCAAACAAUGCGCUUCAUGGGAUACUCAAAGCCCAGAGGCACCAAGUCUGAGCAGAGACACAUGAUUGAUGAGAUGCAAGAGAUGGCGGGCCGUCUGCAGGACAGUGUUGAUGAUUCAGAAGAGCCUUUACCGGACCACAUUCCCACUGAUUAUCACGGAAUUCCUUUCGAUGAAUGGCUUGACAUCUUUAUGCAGUAUUCAUUGGUCGUUACAGAACAAGGAGAGCCAGAAGAGGCCUACGAAACCCUCGACUCUGCAGCAAUCGCAAGUAUCUGGUUCCACUCGAAGCCCAAGUUACGCAUGAUUCAUGUUUGCUGGUUUUCAUGCGCCCUGCGAGCGUCAGAUGAGGAGACCCUAGCUAAUGAAGCCCGCUGGUUCAUCAAAGAAUAUCAGUUUGUCACCGACACCUACAGACUCUUCUCGAUGCUCAGUCUCGUGUCCGGUGAUCCCCAUCGAUCUCUUUUCCAUUCGUCCCCCAACAUGAAAUUCAUGCUCCGGCAAAUCAAGGCCAUGGACUUCACGGUGCCUCAAAAACCCGAUCCACCCGUGCGAGAGUCUGUCUGGAAAGAGCGCGCCACACUCUCUUCCAAGGACGAAGAAGGGAACCCGAUUCCUGCAGGAGAAUUAGACAUCGCCCUCCUGGUGCUCUAUGGCCACAUUCUGUACUCAGGAAACAGUUUCUACCCGGCCCUGAACUACUUCUUCCGAGCAUAUGCCCUAGACGACCAAAACCCAGCCGUCCUCCUCUCCAUCGCGCUCUCCUACAUCCACCACUCUCUCAAGCGACAGUCCGAAAAUCGACACUAUCUAAUCAUGCAGGGACUUUCUUUCAUGCACGAAUACCGUCUUGUGCGAGAGAAACCCGGAAGCCUUCUACCCGAAAGACAAGAGAUGGAGUUCAACUUCGCUCGUGUCUACCACUCCCUCGGCCUAGCCCACUUGGCCGUCGAAAAAUACGAACUGGUCCUCGAAAUAGGCAAGCAGAUCCAGCUCGAAGCCCAGGAAAAGUCCCUCAAAGAUUCUGCCGCUGCCGCUGAUGGUGAUGUGGUUAUGAGCAAUGGGGAUGAGACCUCAACAUCCCCGGCCAGACCUUAUGUUGAGGACUUCUCCCCCGAGGCUGCCUACGCAUUGCAGUGCAUCCAUGUACUCAGUGGCAAUGGAAAGGCUGCACAGACUGUUACUGAAAACUGGCUUGUCGUUUGA